AUGCAAUCGCCCUCGACCAAUCCCACCGCCUCACCUUUACCAAACAGCGGCCAGCCAUUCAACCUCUCCCANACCCCCGCCAGGUCGCAGAAGUGUCGCUCCCCCACCAACGCCUCGACCGAUCCACCCCCAAAUCCGCCCUCGGACGCUGGUGAUGCCAUUCGUGACGGAAAGCAGCGCGCCAAAGACAUAAUGGCCGCAUCAGGCAUUGACGUGACCGGGUCAUCCUCACAAUCGAGUAACGGAGUCGCCAUGUCUAGGAAACGAUCGCGCUCCGGUUCGCGCAUUCCCACGCGUCCGCAAUCGCCAAACAACCCUCCCCACCAGGAGGUUCUUCUCGAGCGCUAUAUCCAGCGCGACUCGCUGUACGCUGCUGCCAUGAAUGACCAAGCUGAGAAGUCACGCAAGCUUUUGAGGCUCAAGGAGCAGGAGAAGGAAUGGUAUCUCCACGAGGGAAGACAACAGCGGCAACAACAUCCCGGAGCUGUCUUUGGCCAUGGAUAUGCUGGAUACGGCAAUGGCCGGACCGACGACAGAACCCGCCUGGAGUAUCCAGCCACGCGCCGCAGAGCUGGCAACAGGAGAACGCGCGAGCUGCGCGUUGCCAGGAAAGAGGCAGGACAGCAAGCUGAAUAUCUGGAAGAGCUCGUACCCGUACGACUCGAUCUCGAGCUUGACAAGCUGAGAUUGCGCGACACCUUUACCUGGAACCUCAAUGACCGCCUGGUUUCUCCACAGCUCUUCGCCGAGAAUCUUAUUGAGGAUCUGAAGAUGCCUACCGAGCAUAGCCAACUGCUUGCUCGUCAAGUCCACCAGGAAAUGCUCGACCAGCUGAACAACUACUAUCCUCACGUCUACCCCGCCGGUCAACCUGCAGAGCCUGAUACCCUAUACAACGCGCACAAGAACGAUGACAUGCGCAUCACUGUCAAGCUCAAUAUUACAAUUGGACACAUUACCCUGGUGGAUCAAUUUGAAUGGGACAUUAACAACCCGCUCAACUCGCCCGAGGAAUUCGCCAGACAGAUGUCUUUGGAUUUGUCGCUUUCUGGCGAGUUCACCACAGCCAUUGCACACUCGAUUCGCGAGCAAUGCCAGCUCUACACCAAGAGCUUGUUCGUCACGAAUUACGAAUUUGAUGGGCGACCGAUAGAGGACCCUGACAUUCGGGAGAAUAUGCUUCCUUCGCCCGUGCCCAAUGUGUUCAGACAGCAACAAAGCCAGAAAGAUUGGACCCCUUACAUGUACGAGCUUACUGAGAUGGAACUGGAAAAGACCGAAUUGUCCAUGUUGCGUGAACAGAGAGCACAGAAGCGUCAACUCAACAGGCGUGGUGGACCAGCUCUGCCAGAUCUCAAGGAACGUCAAAGGACUGUGCGAUCAUUGGUCGUGUCAACGGUCAUCCCAGGCGCUGCAGAGACCAUAGAAGCCAGUGGAAUCUACAAGAUUCGUCGUACUGCAACUGGCAGAGGCCGUAGACCUGGUGCUCGCCUCAAUGAUGGAAGCGAUUCUGAUGAGUUGGAUGAAGAGGAGUCUGGAGCCGAAUCUCCCGCACCCUCGCAGCUUCCAAGUGCUGGUACAGCGAGAACCAGGGGUAUGAGAGGUGCCGCCAGUGCUGCACAGAUUGCUAUGCGUCAAACCUAUGGCAGAUCGGCUACUCCUGACAUCGCUAUGCUCUCACAGCCAGAAUCAACCAGAGCAUCUAGACGUGUCCAAGAGACAACAGCCCGCGAAGACACUGCAGAGCCAACAUCGAUGGUUGUCAAGCUUCGUGUCAACCCUGACAAGUUCAAGCAGUUUCUGGCUAGAAGAAAGUUUGGCCGUAGUGCGGCACCUCCUCUAUCAGGCUUCCCCACAUCUUUCACCAUGCCAUCUACCAGACCUAAUGCUACACCGGCCAAGCAAACGGCAGGUCCAUCAACGCCGGCAAUGCAAAAUCGAGCUUUACCAGCGGCUGCAGUCACUCCUGCUCGUCAGGCUCAACCGCAAGCGCCAACACCAACGACCAAGCUCCCAGCACCUACACCGACCAAAAUCACAAAAGACGUCGAGUAUGAUUCGCAUGGACGAGUCGAAGCCGCCACCACACCCUUACCAGAUGGUGCCACAGUGAACAUACCACCCUGGCUAGACACCGCACUUGCGGAAUUGCACCGUAUGUACCCAGGCUCUCGCUUCUCGGGCCUCAUGCGCUUCGCCGCCAUCGACACCCUCACUGGCGACCCCGUCCGCAUCGACCACACUUCUCUGCCCGCUGGUUCACCGCCCCCUGCCAACUUCACCAACCCGACUACCGGCGAGAAGCUGGAGGUCAAAUGGAUGUGGCAACCGCGCAUCCGCUGUGAUGACUGCCCUGGCAAGUUGUAUACUGCAGUGAGAGAUGACACAAUUGGCAAGUUCGAGGCGCACAUCAAGAACAGAAAGCACAAGGCCGUGGUUGACGCGAGGUUGGCUGCUGCUGGUGCGCAGAACAAUGCGGGCAAGUAG